AUGGCCAUGGGCACGGAGCAGCGACUGGGCAGCCUCACCGUCUUCACCCGCGACGACUUCGAGGGCGACUGGCGCCUAGUGGCCAGCGGAGGCUUCGGCCAGGUGUUUCAGGCGCGGCACAAGCGUUGGCGGACCGAGUACGCCAUCAAGUGCUCCCCCUGCCUCCUGCCAGACGCCACCAGCUCCCAUGUGAAUUGCCUCAUUGAAGAAGCAACCAAAAUGGAGAAGAUGAAGUUUCAGCACAUUGUAUCCAUCUACGGGGUGUGCACGCAGCCCCUGGGCAUUGUGAUGGAAUUCAUGGCCAACGGCUCCCUGGAGAAGAUGCUGCCCACCCACAGCCUCUGCUGGUAUCUCAAGUUCCGAAUCAUCCACGAGACCAGCCUGGCCAUGAACUUCCUUCACAGCAUUAAGCCUCCUUUGCUCCACCUGGACCUCAAGCCAGGCAACAUCCUCCUGGACAGCAACAUGCAUGUCAAGGUUUCGGACUUUGGCCUGUCCAAGUGGAUGGAACAGUCAACCCGGAUGCAGUACAUCGAGAGGUCAGCUCUGCGAGGCACCCUCAGCUACAUCCCCCCCGAGAUGUUCCUGGAGAGUAACAAGGCCCCAGGGCCCAAAUAUGAUGUGUACAGCUUCGGGAUUGUCAUCUGGGAAAUCCUCAUUCAGAAGAAACCAUAUUCAGGCCUCAACAUGAUGACCAUCAUCAUCCGAGUGGGUACAGGCAUAAGGCCCUCCCUGCAGUCUGUCUCUGAUGAGUGGCCAGGCGAGGCCCAGCAGAUGGUGGAUCUGAUGAGGCGCUGUUGGGACCAGGACCCAAAGAAGAGGCCCUGCUUUCCAGACAUCGCGAUUGAGACAGACAUGCUGCUGUCUCUGCUCCAGAGUCCUGUGGCAGACCCUGGGAGUGAGGCCCUGGCCAGGAAGGUGUCCUGCAAACCGUCUCUGCGCCGGCCCUGGGAGGUCAGUGAGGAGGUCAACCAGGAGCUAACAGACAGUGACUCAGGAGACUACUUAAAGCAGCUUCUGCAGCUCUCAGACAGUGAGAGCCUGGUGCCAAGCGAUGAGGAGCUGCGCGUCUAUGAGAACAAGGUCACACCCCUCCACUUCCUGGUGGCACAGGGCAGCGUGGAGCAGGUGAGGCUGCUGCUGGCUCACGAGGUCGACGUGGACUGCCAAACAGCCUGCGGCUACACAGCCCUCCUCAUCGCCGCCCAGGACCAGCAGCCGGACCUCUGCGCUCUGCUCCUGGAGCAUGGCGCCGACGCCAAUCUGGCAGAUGAGGAUGGCUGGGCCCCACUGCACUUUGCAGCUCAGAAUGGGGAUGACCGCACCGCCCGUCUGCUCCUUGACCAUGGAGCCUGUGUGGAUGCCCAGGAGCAUGAGGGGUGGACCCCACUCCACCUGGCUGCGCAGAACAACUUUGAGAAUGUGGCACGGCUUCUGGUCUCCCGUCAAGCUGACCCCAACCUGUGUGAGGCUGAAGGCAAGACCCCUCUCCACGUGGCUGCCUACUUUGGCCACUUCAGCUUGGUCAAGCUGCUGACAGGCCAAGGGGCGGAGUUAGAUGCUCACCAGAGAAACCUGAGGACACCACUGCACCUGGCGGUGGAACGAGGCAAAGUGAGGGCCGUCCAACACCUGCUGAAGAAUGGGGCAGCCCCUGAUGCCCUUGACCAGAAUGGCUACAGCCCACUACACACCGCAGCUGCCUGGGGCAGGUACCUUAUCUGUAAGAUGCUGCUCAGGUAUGGGGCCAGCCUCGAGCUGCCCACCCAGCAGGGCUGGACACCCCUGCAUCUAGCAGCCUACAAGGGCCACCUGGAGAUUGUCCACCUGCUGGCUGAGAGCCACGCAGACUUAGAGGCUCCCGGAAGCAUGAGCUGGACUCCCCUGCACCUGGCUGCCCGCCAUGGGGAGGAGGUGAUGGUGGCAGCACUGCUGCAAUGUGGGGCUGACGCCAAUGCUGCCGAGCAGUCAGGCUGGACACCCCUCCACCUGGCCGUGCAGAGGGGUGCCUUCCUGAGCGUCAUCAACCUCCUGGAGCACCGCGCAGAUGUCCAUGUCCGCAACAAGGUGGGCUGGACACCUGCCCAUCUGGCAGCCCUCAAGGGCAACAUGGCCAUCCUCAAAGUGCUGGUCAAAGCUGGUGCCCAGCUGGACAUCCAAGAUGGAGUUGGCUGUACACCCCUGCAGCUGGCCCUCCGGAGCCAAAAGCAGAGCAUCGUGGCCUUCCUAGAGGGCAAGGAGCCCUCACUGGCCAUUCUGGGCAGUGCUGAGCCUGGAGACCAGACGGAAGUGUAGACAACCUGGGGUCUCCUUACCAGAAGGAAAAGGGGUUGGUGGAAAUGAACUGGGCUUCAGGCAGCCCCUUCCCUGUGCUUGCCACCUGCCCCUUCAUCCUUGAGAGGAAAUAGGAAACUUGCUUCCUGGGUGAUGGAGGACAGGGAGAGGUAUGCUGAGGUUCUAGCUGGGGCAAGUACCCAGCUUAGAAAGCUCCAAGCGCAUCUCUAGCAGACCCCUGGCCGCCUCCUCUUGCUGUACCUGGACUCAAGCCCCCAAAGUGAAUUCCCUCUUCAUUCCCAAGACGCCUGCCACCUUUUGCCACUUGCCCUUGGGCUCCAAGGAACCAUCUGCAGACAAAAGGAGGCACAGAGGAGACAGAAGUGUGCCCUCCCAGCUCAGGUCUGUGUGCUUGGCCCCUUACCUGGGUAGGGCUGGGAGAGCCAGACACCUGUGCUUUGUGCAAAGGGCAGGAGCUAAAGGUUCAAAGGCAAUCCUACUUACCAUGUAAAGCCCCAGUCAGCCUCCUGUUGUUAUACUGACCACACCUUCCUGGUGGUCCUGGUCCCUUUGCCUGGGUCUCCCGCACAGUCUCUGGGGCUGAAGGAAGGGUGUGCUCCAAAUGCCCAUGAGUGAGCCUAUUGGGACAUGGUCCCUGGUCUCCCUACCCCACCCUUUGCUACGUCCAGUUACAU